CUCGCCACCCCCGGCCGCUGCCGCCGCCAUGUCGGGCGCCGGCGGCCCGCGGCCUACAACUCCCGGCGGCCUCCGCGGCCGCCCAGCGCCGCAAAGCGUGGCGGCGGCGGGAGGCAGGCGACGCUGCCGGGCCUGACCUCCCCCCCCCUCCCAUCAUGCUGUACCUCAUCGGGCUGGGCCUGGGGGACGCCGAGGACAUCACGGUGAAGGGGCUGGAGGCGGUGCGGCGGUGCCGCAGGGUGUACCUGGAGGCCUACACGUCCGUCCUGCCCGCGGGGCGGGAGGCGCUGGAAAAGUUUUAUGGAAAAGAAUUGAUUUUGGCUGACCGAGAAAUGGUGGAACAAGAAGCAGAUAGCAUUUUAAAAGAUGCCGAUGUUUGCGAUGUCGCUUUUCUUGUUGUUGGUGAUCCCUUUGGGGCCACAACACACAGUGAUUUAGUACUACGUGCAGUAAACUUGGGAAUUCCAUACAGGGUCAUUCACAAUGCUUCAAUAAUGAAUGCAGUAGGAUGCUGUGGUUUACAGUUGUACAAUUUUGGAGAGACGGUUUCUAUAGUUUUCUGGACAGAUACAUGGAAGCCAGAAAGUUUUUUUGACAAGAUCAAGAAGAACAGGCAGAAUGGAAUGCACACACUAUGCUUACUUGAUAUUAAAGUGAAGGAGCAGUCUGUGGAGAAUCUAAUGAAGAUUCAAACAAUCUGCCAGCUGGAGGCCCUGCAGUUUCACAGAGGAAGGAAGAUUUAUGAGCCACCACGCUACAUGAGCGUGAACCAAGCUGCAGAACAGCUUCUUGCCAUUAUUCAAAAUAGGAGACUCCAAGGAGAAGAACCAGAAAUUACUGAAAACACAAUUUGUGUUGGACUUGCACGUGUGGGUGCUCAAGAUCAGAAGAUUGCAUCAGGCACGCUAUAUCAGAUGUCCACAGUGGAAUUAGGUGGUCCACUACAUUCCAUGAUUGUUACAGGCACUAUGCAUCCCCUGGAAUUAGAAAUGCUUAAUCUUUUUUCUGUAGAUAGUUCCAAGUUUGAAAAUAAUGCAUUUCAAAGGAACACUUAAAUAAAAAUAGCGAUUUUUUAUUUGAUCUCUACUUUCCUGACA